CACUCUUCCUUCCACAACAUAACAUACACACACUUUCUCCUUCUUCAAUACAACCAUCACAAUAUAAUGAGACAACACACAAUGCCAAUCCUCCUUUUCUUCUUCUUGUCUUCUCUCCUUGCUGCUUCCCUCGUCGCCCCCUCCCCCGUACACGACCCCGACGCCAUUGCUCAACAAGUCGAUAGGAGUAUUGAAAAUGCAACGAGGAGGAACUUGGGGUAUCUUUCGUGCGGAACAGGGAAUCCGAUCGACGACUGCUGGCGGUGCGACCCGAACUGGGAGAAAAACCGGCAGAGAUUAGCCGACUGCGCGAUCGGGUUCGGCAAGAACGCAAUCGGCGGGAAAGACGGGAAAAUUUACACGGUGACGGAAUCCGGGAACGACGACCCGGUGAACCCGAAGCCGGGGACGCUCCGGUACGGCGUGAUCCAGGAGGAGCCGCUGUGGAUCAUCUUCGCGCGGGAUAUGACGAUCCAGCUGAAGGAGGAGCUGAUCAUGAACUCGUUCAAGACGAUCGACGGGCGGGGCGCCAGCGUGCACAUAGCGGGUGGGCCCUGCAUAACGGUGCAGUACGUGACGAACGUGAUCAUCCACGGGGUCCACAUCCACGACUGCAAGCAGGGCGGGAACGCGAUGGUGAGGUCGUCGCCGACCCACUACGGGUGGCGGACGCUGUCGGACGGGGACGGGGUGUCCAUCUUCGGGUCGAGCCAUAUUUGGGUGGACCACUGCUCGCUGUCUAACUGCCGGGACGGGCUGAUCGACGCCAUAGAGGGGUCCACCGCAAUCACCAUUUCCAACAAUUUCAUGACGCACCAUGAUAAAGUCAUGCUUUUGGGCGCCAGCGAUUCCUACGUCCAAGACAAGAACAUGCAGGUCACCAUUGCUUUCAACCACUUCGGUGAAGGCCUUGUUCAAAGAAUGCCCAGGUGUCGGCACGGGUACUUCCAUGUGGUGAACAAUGACUACACCCAUUGGGAAAUGUAUGCUAUUGGAGGGAGUGCUAACCCAACUAUCAACAGUCAAGGCAACAGAUUCCUUGCCCCUGAUGCCAGGUUUAGCAAAGAGGUAACGAAGCAUGAGGAUGCACCCGAGAGCGAAUGGAAGAAUUGGAAUUGGAGAACAGAAGGGGACUUAAUGUUGAAUGGGGCAUUUUUCACAACAUCAGGUGCCGGGGCCUCGUCGAGCUAUGCCAGGGCUUCCAGUUUGAGCGCAAGGCCUUCUUCGGUUGUUAGCUCCCUUACUUCAGGCGCCGGUGUGCUCUCUUGCCGGAAGGGUUCUCGAUGCUAGUUAUAACUAAUUAUGAAUUAUGAUAUAUACAACAUAUUGUUUAAACUAAGUUAUGGGAAAUGCCAUUAGGAAUUCAAAAAUUGAAGGGAGGGAAAGGAAAUAACUAAAGAAGUGAAGUCUAGCUAGCUAGGGAUUUGACUACAUGGAUUUUUCAUUGAAUUCCCUCCAAUUUUUCACUUUUGUUAUUUUAAUUUUGUUCUGUUAUUUUGGGGGUUUUUGACUUGAUCUGUAUGGGAACUGGGAAGUACAACCUCGGCACGCUACUCAAGUGCUCAGGCUUUAUUGUUAGCUGCAUGCACAGCUUCUUAUUGGAUUCUGAGAAAGCAUGUCCAGAAGUGUUGUGAUAUAUACAUUUUAUUUUAUUAUCGAUCAUCAUCAAUAUAUAUAUGUUUUAUUUUUAAA